CUUCAUCCCCAGUUGGUGGUACUCUCUCCAUCUUUCUCUUUCUCUCUCUUAACUGUCCCAUCGGACAUCGUCGUCUUUGCUCCACCUUCGCGUGUUUCUUGUGUACAGGGAGACCUUUUGUGAGGUGUACCGGGAGGGAGAGGGUUGUCAAUUUGCUGAAGUUCCCGUGGAGUUCUGUCGCGUUAAUUUGAAGCCGUGGAGAAAGUAAAGUCAAGCCUUGUCGAUCGAGACGUGCUUUUAUGGAUUUGAUAGGGUGGUUGAAAAAGGACUAAUGCGGAAGAUAUAAGAGAAUUUUCAAGGUCUGCGCCACAACUGCAUUGAUAAAACGAAGAAAAUGUUGGAGGGUCCAAAAUUUACUGGAAUCACUGGUCUAAACAAUAAUCAUGACAACUAUGAUUUCUCACAAAAUUUCUACCGCAAGCUGAAUGAAGGUUCGAACAUGUCAACAGAUAGUUAUGGGAUGAGCAAUGGUGGAGGUUCAGUUGCCAUGUCUGUUGACAAUAGCAGCGUUGGAUCUACUGACUCCCACACUCACAUCUUGGGUCACCAGGGUCUCAGGCAUGUCAAUAAUUAUUCAGUUGCUGCUAGUGUAAAUAAUGUGAGAGCUUCUCAAGGUCUAAGUGAUGAUGCCCUGGCCCAAGCCUUGAUGGAUCAUCGAUACCCUACAGAGGGACUUGGUGAUUAUGAUGAGUGGACAAUUGACUUGAGGAGGCUGAACAUGGGGCCUGCUUUUGCUCAGGGAGCUUUUGGGAAGCUCUAUAGAGGGACAUAUAAUGGUGAGGAUGUGGCUAUUAAGCUUCUAGAGAAGCCUGAAAAUGAUGUAGAGAGGGCACACUUAAUGGAACAACAGUUUCAACAGGAGGUAAUGAUGUUAGCCACAUUGAGGCAUCCAAAUAUUGUUCGAUUCAUUGGUGCAUGCCGCAAACCCAUGGUCUGGUGUAUUGUGACCGAAUAUGCAAAGGGGGGUUCAGUGCGCCAAUUCUUGAAUAGGCGACAGAACCGUUCUGUGCCCCUGAAAUUGGCUGUGAAGCAGGCCUUAGAUGUGGCAAGAGGGAUGGAAUAUGUCCAUGGGCUGAAUUUGAUUCACAGAGACUUGAAGUCUGAUAAUCUUCUAAUUGCUGCUGAUAAGUCCAUCAAGAUUGCUGAUUUUGGGGUUGCUCGAAUUGAGGUUCAAACUGAAGGAAUGACGCCAGAGACCGGAACAUACAGAUGGAUGGCUCCGGAAAUGAUCCAGCACAGGCCGUACACCCAGAAAGUUGAUGUAUAUAGCUUCGGGAUAGUGCUGUGGGAGCUCAUUACAGGGAUGCUUCCGUUCCAGAACAUGACUGCUGUUCAGGCAGCCUUUGCUGUCGUCAACAAAGGGGUGCGCCCAACCAUCCCUCACGACUGCCUGCCGGCUCUCACCCAGAUCAUGAUGCUUUGCUGGGACCCUAAUCCUGAUGUUCGCCCGUCCUUCACUGAGAUAGUUCAAAUGCUCGUUGCUGCCGAGACUGAGAUCAUGACCGCCGUCAGAAAGGCUCGUUUCAGGUGCUGCAUUGCUCAACCCAUGACUACAGACUGAUUCAGCAGAAAAUAUAAUUUACAAAAUGCAUAAAAAUUAAUAAAUUUGUGAAGUGAAGCCGAUUUCUCUGUCAGCAUUGUGUAUGUAAUGUGUCAUCUGGCUUUGCAUAAAAGGGCAGAAAAUUUUAUGAUAGACAAGGGCUUGUUUCCUUUUCUUUUUUUUUUUUUUUUUUUAAUUAAAUUUCUGGAUUUGAGAUACUGGGAAUCAAUAGAGGACAUUUAAUGUGUAUUUAUAAAAUUCAGUAUUGACCUCUUUUAACCAUGCUUAUUGCUCUUUA